AUGAAUAUUCUAAUAUUAACUCUGGUGAUAUUACUAUGUCUUAAUCAAAAUGUGACCGGUCAUCCGCUGUUUGACCUCCUCGCUGCAAAGUUAAAUGAUUUCGCCUCCACUGUGACAAAGACUUUCCAUCACAUAAGACUAGAAGUAAGAAAACUGUUCCAGCCGCCGCAUACAUACGAACAACUGCCGUCAGCAUCACUUCAGUAUGGGGAUUCAAUUUUCAAGAGGACUUUCAACGAUUUUGUGGAAAUGACAGCUGCAGAAAACGAGACGGAGAUUCCUGAAUACAUCAAUUUGAAGUCUGAGCCGACUGCUCUCAUGUCGACUCCGCAGCUGGCCACCUUGCACGGGAGGAGAGUGGAGUCGCAUCUUGUCCACACUCGAGAUGGCUACAUGCUUACCCUGCAUCGAAUAUCUCCCAGAACCGAUAGGACUCCUGCAAUGAGAGUAGUGAACCAAACAGUGCUACUUCAUCAUGGAUUACUCGGCAGUUCCGCAGAUUGGAUUCUACUGGGACCUGAAAAGUCGUUACCUUAUAUCCUUACCGAUUUUGGGUACGACGUCUGGAUGGCUAAUGCGAGGGGUAACUACUAUUCACGUGGCCAUAUUAGAAUGUCAGUAGAUUCGGAGGAGUUCUGGAAAUUUUCGUUCCAUGAAAUAGGAGAAUACGAUUUGCCCGCGGUUGUUGAUUAUAUUCGAUAUGUAAAAAAAAGCAACGACCCUAUCGAUUUUGUCGGACAUUCAAUGGGUGCCACAGCACUUCUUGUGAUGCUUUCGACUUUACCUGAGUACAAUCAGUAUUUAAGAAUUGGAAUUCUUUUGGCACCCCUAGCUUUCAUGAGUAAUGUUGAAGGGCCGUUUAAAGUUCUGACAGCCAUGGCAAACAGCCCACCUGCGCAACUGCUGAAACUAAUAGGAAACAAAGAAUUUGUACCAACACGGAAAAUCCCAAAAUGGCUUGCGCUGAAGUAUUGUAAAGGACCCUUAUUGUUUUGUUGCAAUCCAUUAUAUUUCAUCAGUGGUGGAAUUCCGGAAGACAACCACGCGUGGAAUCUUAGCUUUCUAGCGAGAAUGCUGUACCACGUGCCAGCCGGCGGAUCUACUGAUACAAUGCUUCACUAUGCUCAGAUUGUAAAAAGUGGCAAGUUUCAUAAGUAUAACAAAGUUCAUGAAGAGUAUUCGUUGAACAAGAUAUCGUUGCCCAUCGUUUUGUUCAGCUCCAGUGAGGAUUGGCUGGCCACAAUCCCAGACGUAUUGAGAUUGUAUUUCAGCAUAACGAAUCCAAUAGAUCACUACAUUAUACGAGGCAGGAACAUGAGUCAUACCGAGUUCGUUUGGGGUGCUCACGCGGAUGAAUUAGUUUUCACAAAAAUAAUUGAAUUUUUAGACAGUGGCAUAAGGGUGCUCGGCAGUACCAAAAGCAAUGAAGUUCGGAAUGAUCUUGAUUAA